AUGGAAGCUAGAAACCAAACAUCUGUUUCAGAAUUCCUUCUCCUGGGACUAACAGAGGAUCCAGAACUGCAGCCCGUCCUCUUCAGCCUGUUCCUGUCCAGGUACCUAGUCACCAUCCUGGGGAACCUGCUCAUCCUCCUGGCUGUCAUCUCUGACUCCCAUCUCCACACCCCCAUGUACUUCUUCCUUUCCAAUCUCUCCUUUUCUGACAUUUGUUUAAGCACAACCACCAUCCCAAAGAUGCUGGUGAACAUCCAAGCUCAGAAUCAGAGUAUCACUUACACAGGCUGCCUCACCCAGAUCUGCUUUGUCCUGCUUUUUGCUGGCUUGGAAAACUGUCUUCUUGCAGCAAUGGCCUACGACCGCUAUGUGGCCAUUUGUCACCCCCUUAGAUACAUGGUCAUCAUGAACCCCUGCCUCUGCAGCCUGCUGAUUCUUCUCUCUCCGUUGACUAGCGUUGUGAAUGCCCUUCUUCUCAGCCUGAUGGUGUUGAGGCUGUCCUUCUGCACAGAUCUGGAAAUCCCGCUCUUCUUCUGUGAACUGGCUCAGGUCAUCCAGCUUGCUUGUUCUGACACCCUCAUCAAUAACAUCCUGAUAUAUUUUGCAGCUUGCAUAUUUGGUGGUGUUCCUCUGUCUGGAAUCAUAUUCUCUUAUGCUCAGAUUGCCUCCUCUAUUUUGAGAAUGCCAUCAGCACGCAGAAAGUAUAAAGCCUUUUCCACCUGUGGGUCUCACCUCUCCAUGGUGCUCUUGUUCUAUAGGACAGGUUUGGGGGUGUACAUUAGUUCUGCAGUUACUGACUCACCUAGGAAGACUGCAGUGGCUUCAAUGAUGUAUUCUGUGGGUCCUCAAAUGGUGAACCCCUUUAUCUAUAGUCUGAGGAAUAAGGACAUGAAGGGAAUCUUGAGGAAGUUCAUGGGGAGGAUGCCUUCUCUUCUGUGGUGUGCCAUUUGCCUUGGAUUCAGGUUUCUAGAGUAA